AAUUUCCCUUAUAAAUUUCCAACCUGCAGAGAGCUCUUCUAUUCAGGUCUUUUAACUUCUCCCUGUACAUUUUCCUUUGUUACAAUCCACAGCUUAAUGGAGAUCCAUUUCUUUUGCAUUUUCAGCUUUCUCACUCUUGCACUGGUGGCGAGCCAUGCUGCUCUGACUCCUGAAGAUUACUGGAACUCCGUGCUUCCAAGCACUCCGAUGCCUAAAGCCAUCAGUGAUCUUCUACAACCUGAAGACCUCAAGGAUGAGAAAGGCACUUCUGUCGAUGUAGGGAAGGGUGGUGUAAAUGUUGAUGCUGGAAAAGGAAAGCCCGGAGGUGGCACCCAUGUGAAUGUUGGAGGCAAAGGUGUCGGGGUGGACACGGGAAAGCCUGGGAAGGGAACCAAUGUCGGCGUUGGCAAAGGAGGAGUGUCUGUGAACACUGGUCACAAGGGAAAGCCUGUGCAUGUUGUAGUACAACCAAAGGGAAAUCCGUUCCAGUAUAAUUAUGCUGCCACGGAGAACCAACUCCAUGAUGAUCCCAACGUAGCUCUUUUCUUCUUGGAAAAGAACUUGCAUCCUGGCACAAAAAUGAAUUUGCUCUUCACUAAAAACUCAAACGAAGCAACUUUUUUGCCCCGCCAAGUUGCUGAAUCAAUUCCCUUUUCAUCUAACAAGCUGCCAGAGAUUCUGAACACGUUUUCAGUGAAACCCAGAUCAGUAGAAGCUGACAUGAUGGAGAAUACAAUUAAAGUAUGUGAAAAGCCGGGCAUUAAAGGAGAGGAAGUAUACUGUGCAACAUCGUUAGAGUCGAUGGUCGAUUUCAGCACUUCCAAACUCGGGAAAAAUGUCCAGGCAAUAUCUACAGAGGGGGGAAAAGAAACCCAGAUGCAAAAGUAUACCAUAGUACCAGGAGUGAAGAAGAUGGCGGGCGACAAAGCUGUUGCAUGCCAUAAACAGAACUAUGCAUAUGCCGUCUUUUACUGCCAUGAAACCAAUACCACAAGGGCUUACCUGGUGCCAUUGGUGGGUGAUGAUGGGACCAAAGCUAAAGCUGUAGCAAUAUGCCAUACAGACACAUCAGCGUGGAACCCGAAACAUUUGGCCUUCCAAGUUCUCAAAGUUAAGCCAGGAACUGUUCCUGUCUGCCAUUUCCUUCCCGAGGAUCAUGUUGUCUGGACAGCCAACUAGAAUUCUCUAGGACGUGUUCAAUUGUGAUGGUUUGGAUUGCGACAGUACUUAAUUUGAAACUCUCUUUUUUAUGUACUUCGAUACUAGGCUGCUACAUUUAGUUACUAGACUAAAUGUUUGAUUCUGCUAGAGUCGUGUAUGAUGCAUAUGUAUACACUAAUGAAUAUUUAAUAAAAUAUAUCCUAUGGUUUUUUUUGUGA